CACGACCCAUGAGUUGGUUUUUCCUUGCGAACAGCCCACGAGGUCAACCGGUCACCGCCUCACCGGGAACUUCCCUAGGGUUUCCUCCCUUAAUCCACCAAACCCUUCGCUUCCGAGCUUCCCCCGCCCGCCGCCGCCGCCCAAGCCCGCCGCCCAACCGCACACCGCCGCUGUAGUCUCCCAACACAAUCAAUUGUUAUGCCCACUGUGUUGGUGAGUCGUGAUGUUUUGCCGCUGCACCAUCUUCGAUCUGUAGGAAAAAUCUGGACCUUGUCCGCCCGUUUGCAAUUAGGCAGAACAGGAUGCCAAAGCGGCCGCGGAAAUGUGAGCAUGGCGGCGGCCCUGAGCGACUUUACCUUGUCUUUGACGACUGGUGCCAUGGAUAUAGCAUCCGCAUGGUAAACUUGUUGCCCGGCGAGAACCAUCAGCAGACUGCUUUCUCAGACCAAGACGACCAAGACAAGGUGCCACAUUUUCCUCGGCCUUUCUUCCGCAUGGUGGCGCCUCGUGAAUCUCCUAAGUACUUCACAUCAGCCUUUGGCACCAGGAUCUUGGCGAUGCAUCCGAGAGAUCCCGAGGGUGACUUGUUGGAAGGUUACUUCCCCAUGUUGGACGUCCGCUCGCGGUGCGUCACCACUGGCCCUGGGCAGAGAAAUCUUUUUCAUCCCAUCUACCACCUCCCGGUCGGCAACAAGCUAUUCACUAUGAGCUCUUACUCCUUCGAGAUGCUCUGCUUGGAGGAGCUCUCAGCCAAGGUAUCGCAUCGAAAUUCCAGCAAAGAGUGGUCGUGGAAAGAGCUCGAGCAGCAGCCAUUUAAUGUUUGUGACGUCACUUCCUACUCCUUGCACCCUGAAGAACGGACCUUCCUCAUCAGCACCAAGAAGGACACCACCGAGGCCACCUUCAGCUUUGACACGGAGAGGCAUUCAUGGAAACUACUUGGCAAUUGGGUUCUGCCCUUUGACGGCCAGGGUCACUUUGACCAGCACCUCAAGGCCUUUGUUGGGCUCUCCAAAGAACCGGACACCCUCGGUCAAAUUUACUGCUGCGACGUGCCCAUCUAUGGUACCCCUGAAGGGCGGUGCCCUGUCCCUUCGAUGAAUCUCUGCAAGGAGAAUCUGUUCGUUUCUGGUGACCCAAUGGAUAAGCAUGUAGGUGCUACCCUUGUCUAUAUGGGAGGCGUGAGCAAAUUCUGUCUCGUGCAGUGUGUCAACAAGGAGGUGAGGGAUCCUGGUUUGAGCCUACCUGGUUCCUGGAUGUAUCGUUUGACAACAUUCUCUCUCAGCCUGGACGAUCAGCGUAAAGAACUGACGACUGGCGGUACCUGUCACUCGCAGUACUACAAAGUGCCCAAAGCAACCACCAAGUCGUUACUCGUUCAAGAUCCUGUGGCAUUUUGGAUGUAGAAUGCUGAAAGUAUUGUCAUGAUAAUCAGUUCCUUAUUUUAUUUUCACUCAGUUACAACCCUGUUGCCUUCUACAGUAUGUUUUAAUAAUGUCUGCACUCCUGUGAUUCAGUCAAUGUACUGUCUUUUGUUUUCAUGUUAGUUUGCAACAAGAAAGUAUUCCAUUAUGGGUUUGUUUUCA